AUGAAAAUGCCAUUGAAUCUAUUUAUAUUUUUAACGUUUCUUAUUCCAUAUUCAACUUCAAUUGUUUCACAAAUUUUAACAUCCGUAUCAAUCUUUGAAGAAAGUCCAAUAUCAACAAUUGUUGUUGAUCUUCGACCAACAUUUCAAACACUUAAUGUACAUCCUGAUCAAGCUGUUUUACUUCAUAGUCAACCAAGUCAACCAUUUGAAUAUAUCAAUGGACGUAUAAGAUUAAAAUCACGUUUAGAUCGAGAAGAUUAUGUUCGAAAACGUUUAUGUCUUGGUGGAAAUGUUCUUGAAUGUAAUUUUACAUUAACAUUAACAGUUAAUCUUAAUCAAGCACCAUUUAAUUAUAUCCUAUCUCAACCAAUAUCAUGUCAUGAUAUUAAUGAUAUAAUACCAAAAUUUUCUCAAUUAGAAUCAACAAUAUCGAUGGCGGAAAAUGUACCUAUUGGACAUCGUAUACCACUUGAAACUGCUAUUGAUUUAGAUUCACCACCAUAUGGUAUUGAUCAUUAUCGUUUAGUUACAUUUGAAAAUCAUGAACAACAUCAAUUUUCUAUUGUUUAUGAUAAUCAAAGUCGAGAAUUAGAAUUAAUUGUUAAUGAAAAAUUAGAUCGAGAAAAAAUUGAAAAAUAUAUUUUUAAAUUAAUGGCUAUUGAUCGUGGACAUCCACCAAAUAUUGGUACACAAAUGUUAACAAUUGAAAUUAGUGAUAUUAAUGAUUGUCAACCGAAAUUUGAAUCAUCUGUUUAUAAUAUUACAGUUGCUGAAAAUACUUUACCGGAAUAUUUACUUAAAGUUCGUGCUAUUGAUACUGAUAUAGGUUCAAAUGCUGAAUUAACCUAUACACUUGAAAAUGAUCAUAAUGGUCUUUUUCUUUUGGAUAAAACAACUGGAAUAUUAACAUUAACACAUUCACUUGAUUAUGAAUUUCAUACAUCGUAUCAACUUAAAGUUGAAGUUCAUGAUAAUGGUGUUAACUCAUUAAGUGAUACAUGUAUUAUAAAUAUCUAUGUACUCGAUCAAAAUGAUCAUGCACCUUCAAUACAAAUGAAAUUUAAUCCUAAAUUUGAACAUAAUCAAGAUGGAAACAUGGCUUAUGUACCUGAAAAUUUUGAUAUUCAUUUACCAAUAGCUUUUGUAAAUGUACAUGAUCAAGAUUCUGGAGAUUAUGGAAAGUCUCAAUUAACAAUCGAACCAAGUCGUCUAUUUUAUCUUGAAAUAAUCCGUCCAAAUUAUUAUUCAAUCAAAUCUUUACAAGGAUUUGAUCGUGAAACAACAUCAACAUAUCAAAUUGAAUUACGUGCUCGAGAUUUUGGUCAACCAAGUUUACGUCGUUCAAUGACAUUUGAUUUAAAUAUAACUGAUAUAAAUGAUCAAAAACCAUUAUUUAAAACAAAUUAUACAUUUGAUAUCAAUGAAAAUAAUCAAAUUCCAAGUGUUAUUGGACAAGUUAAUGCUUAUGAUGCAGAUCAAGGUCUAAAUGGACAAAUCAAUUAUUCAAUUGAACCACCAACACCCUAUUUUAUUAUAUCAUCAAUUGAUGGAAUUAUAACAACAAAUACAUCAUUUAAUUAUGAAACUAAACGUCAAUAUAAUUUUCAAGUUCGGGCACGUGAUUAUGGUCAACCACCACUUGAAUCAUUUGCUUUUGUUGAAGUUAAUAUAUUGAAUUUAAAUGAAUAUUCACCUGAAUUUGAAAAGAAAAUUUAUUAUUUUAUUAUUAAUGAAAAUUCAACACAUAAAAAUUUAACAUUUAUUGGACAAGUUAAAGCAAAUGAUCCUGAUUAUGGUGAUCAUAUUACUUAUUCAUUACAUGAUGGUGAACCUUUAUUUACUAUUGAUCAAAAUGGAAAUAUAUGGACGGAAGCUAUAUUUGACCGUGAAGAACAUGAUGAGUAUAAAUUAACAGUUACAGCAACUGAUAAUUCAACAGCUGGUUUAAUUGGAACAACAACAGUGAUUAUUAAAAUUCAGGAUAUUAAUGAUAAUUAUCCAGUCUUUAUCUGGCCUGAUCCUGAUGAAAUUCUUCAUAGCCUAUCCGGUGUUCAAUCACAACGUACUGAUCCAGCAAAUCCAUUAUCACAAUUUAUAACUGAUAUCGUCGUACGAGAUGAUGAUAUUGGAAAUAAUUCAUUUGUUCAAUUAUCCGUUACAAAUAAUGAAUUAUUUUAUAUUGGUUCAAAUAAUUCUUUAUGGUUAUAUAAUUCAUCGAUAUUACCUGGAACAUAUGAUAUUGAAAUUGUUGCAAAAAAUCUUGAUUUAAUAACAAAAAAAAUCUUUCAUGUUAUUAUUUAUAAUCGUAGUUCAUCAGGAACAAAUCUUUUAUAUUAUAUGCGUCGACGAUUUUCCGAUUUUUCAUUAUUAAUUAUAAUAUUUUUAUCAUUUAUAACAACUGGUUCAACGAUAUUUUUAUUAAUUUAUUAUUUAUGGAUGCGUUUACAUUAUACCGGAGAUGUUAAAAAACAUUUAUAUGGUAGUCGAUUAAUUGUUAAUGAUGAAGAUAAAUCGAAACAAAAUAGUCCACAAACUAAAAUGAAUAUUUUAUCAACUAAUCAUAAUCAUGAUUAUGCAGUUAUUGUUAAACAAAGAAAAAAUUCUCAAAUUCCAUCUGGUAAUAGUUCAUCAACAACUGAUGGUGAAUUUUCAUCUUCACUACUUUCUUGUCCGUUAAAUGGUACAUUAUCAUCAUCAAUUGAUCUUCAUUCUUCACAUCAAAAUCCUCCAUCAUCAACUGUGUCUGCUCUAACAACGUUAACACGAAAAGCAACACGUCGUCAACAAGCAAAAAAUGUUAGUUUUGAACCAACAACUAUUAAUCCAACACAUAAUUUAUUCGAUGAUAUAUUUCAAUAUAAUUCAUCAUGUUAUCAUGAAACAACUCCUUCAUCAACAUUUAGUACACUACCAAGACAAACGAAACGUGAUAUAUCGAUAUUAGGACAGCAACAACCACAAUCUAUUCUUAGUGAUUCACAAAGAAAUCGACAAAAUGGUUUUCCAACACUGCAAACUAUUCUUAAUCCAUUAACUAAAGAUAAUCAAACAAAAUAUCCUCAACCACCGCCAUUAUUAAAUGGAAUUCGUUUACUUGAUCAAAUGCUUACAGAUUCAGCCGAAUCAAGUGAUGAAAGAACUCAGACAUUAUCACCAUCAGGAGCUAGUAAUAGUGGAUGGUAUAAUGUCACAUCUAAUUAUCAGACAAAAGCGAGCAUUGUAUAA